AUGGCGGACCAGCAGCUCGACUCGGACUCGGCCCGGCAGCGGAAGCGCAUCUCGGUGGCGUGUGGCCGCUGCCGGAAACGGAAGAUCCGGUGCAGUGGCGACCCGGGCCAAGGCCAGCCCUGCACCAACUGCAAGAACGCGGGGGCGGAUCCAUGCUUGUUCCUCCGGGUGCAAUCACGCGAAGCGCCCCUGCGCGAGGACUCGGGCGAGUUCAGCUACAGCGUCGGCGACGCGCGUGCCUAUGCCAGCCGGGCACCCAUGAACCACAGCCACGGCCACGGCCACGGCCUCGGCGGGUACACGGCCGACGUGGCUGCAGGCCUGAGCUCCAACGACGUGCUGGCCUCGUACCGCCCCGGCUCCGCAUACCCCUAUGCCGCCGCCAGCAAGCCCUACUACCCGGCCGUGACCACCUACGGCUCGCCCUACGGCGACGACUUCGACUACGCCAUGGGCAUGCCGCCGCAGUCGGUAUUGGGCCACGACGCCGCCAGCAUCAUGCACAGCCAGUGGCCCUCGCCUCCGCGCUCCAACAAGCCGCCGGCCUACAGCAACCUGUACGCGGACCCGGACUCGCCCUACGGCUACAGUAGCGCGAGCCUCGUCCAGCGGCCCGUCAGCACCGUCUCAGCUGACUCGCCCAACUUUUCCUUCUCGAGCGUCGCCGCCUCGCUGCCCAGCGCCACAAGUGCCGACCGCCUGCUCCCCUACCCGGCCUCUGGACGUCCUCCGCUGGCUCUGCCCGCGGGUCUGUCCUCGGGUCUGCCGUAUCCCGUGACCGCCAAGACAGGAGUAUUGUCGGCGGGGGCCCCAGCCGUGGCGCCGUCCACGAGCUCCCUCGCCGACGUGGCUUCGGCAGCAACCUAUGCUACCGGGUUCGACGGCAGCUCGGGCCUCCACUAUCAAACCCAGACCCAGACCCAGACCCAGUCUCAGACGCAGGCCGCGUCCAACACGCUCGGCGGCCACCAACAGACGGCACCGUCAUCGCGCACCAACUCGGACGCCUUCACAUCCGGAGCCGAGACCAUUUUUGGCGAGCACGAGCGCAGCCUACAGAGCCAGGGCCCAGCCUUUGACCUUAGCGCCUACACGUCCGAACCGCGGCGGGACUCUGUCGGGUCUACCAGCCACGGGGGCGGCGCAACCCUCUCCAAUGGGCAAACCUAUGUGCCGAGCGAGGCCACACACGAGACCCACCCGUCGCACCACCUGGCCUUUGUGACAGACUCGUCCCCCCCACACACACACGCCGCCGCCCAGACCCAGACCCAGACCCAGAUCCAGACCCAGGCUCAGGCUCACCGUCACCCGCAUAGCCACAACCACGGCUAUCUGAGUGGCGCCGGGGCCGGUAGCACAAGCCAUGCGGAUAUCCAUCGGGACACUGCGGUUACCCGGCGCUAGAGCCACGCACUCUUCCGUCGGACGAGCCCUUCAGCCUGGACUGCGUGCCGUGAUGUGCUACUGGGAGACAAAC